GUGUCGUCUUGGUGGAGCAGUCUUUUGUAGCUGGCAAGUAUAUUAGACAGGUUCUUUCCAUCCCUUCCUCGAUUUCUCAUCAGCACAACAAGCAUUCCUCACCAAGACACAAGCUUGCUACAUCUCAGCAUCCACUACCACAACACAAGUCAAGAUGAAGUUCACUGCAGCACUCCUCUCCAUCGCGGCCCUCGCAACCGCUACCACCGUUAGCUACGAUGAAGGCUACGACGAUGCUGCCCGCAGCUUGACUGCCGUUUCCUGCAGCGACGGCAACACUGGCUUGAUCACCAAGGGCUACAGCACACAAGGCUCCAUCCCGACAUUCCCAAACAUCGGUGGUUCAUGGGAGAUUGCAGGCUGGGGAUCUCCUCAGUGCGGCGCCUGCUACACAGUCUCCUACCAAGGCCGAAGCAUCAAUGUCGUGGGCAUAGACCGCUCCGGCGACGGCCUCAACCUCUCCAAAGCCGCGCUGAACACGUUGACUGGCGGAAGAGCAGUCGAAGUGGGAAGGAUCGAUGCUCAAGUGACCCGCGUCGACUCCGGCGUCUGCGGUCUUCGUGCAUCGAAGCGCUCGAUUGAGUUCAUGGGUUAGACGACGAGCACCCCACCUACCACAAUCUGUCGCAACCUACCAAAGAUCAAAAGCAGCAACAGUAUGAUGAUGGCAUGCAUGCACGAUGAAAGACACGGCCGCAUUGUACGAUAGGACAUGAGAGAAAUGAUAAUGUAAUUCUUUCCAAAAAGGUUUUCAGUGUAUAUAUUCUCGCGUCUGUUCCAUUUUCGUCGUGCCUUGCUGCCUUUUUGAACAAAUGUGGCGCCCCCCAUUCUUUUGUACUACUCAAGUAGGCCUUGAAAUUUCAUCAGGAUCCCGUCUGCGUCUUUUCGUUGACCCAAGGUGGCACAUGUAUGCAGCCACAUGCCUCGACGAUGCACUGUUCCAAGCUCUCGGGCGCUUUGCGCGCAUAUUGAUGGAA